CGCGUCCCGUGACGUCCGCUCGCAUCUCCACAAGGGGGGAGGGGGGGGGGGGGGCACCGCGACCACCUCCUCAUCCUCCUGCACCUCCUCCCGGCUGCUGCGUGGAAGCAACACGCGUGGAACACGAUGGACGCCGGCGCACCGCGAGCUUUUUAUAUUGCCACAAGGGCUUAGGUUCCAGACUUGUAUGAAGUUGGAUUGAUGAGAAACAUGUCCGAGAAGUUGCGUCCAUCCGGCAGUCGCUGAAUCAUGGGCAAUGCGGAAAGCCAGCACGGGGAGAAUGCCUUCUUUGGUACGGAACGUGGCUAUUUGUCACGGAAGCAUAUGUCACGCUCUCUUCGCAUCUCCAACAAGCAGUCGCGGCGCUGUCGGCACGCCUCGUCGGGCAAGAUAGAGCACAGGAACUCCGAGGCCAGCACGCGCUCCAGCAGCACCCCCAGCAUCCCGCAGUCCCUGGCUGAAAAUGGUCUGGAGCCUUUCAAUGAGACCAACGUCCUGCCUGACUUUGGAAGUCCCAUUUGGGUGGACCGUGUGGUCAUGAACCUGAGGCCCAUGUCCUUCCACCACGACCUGUCCAGUCCCACGGCGCACGGCAACACCAUGCUUAUCACCCUCCCCGGGCCCACCGCAGACGAGGUGCAGGAUGAAGACGUGUAUGCGGGCGAGGUAACGUAUCUCCAGGACGCCCGGGACUGCACCAAGGAGGCCACCGGUUUUACGAAGAAGCGAUCCAAGUCGGCGGACACGUGGCGAGACGACAGCCUGGAGUUCUCCCUGUCGGACCUCAGCCAAGACCACCUGACCAGCACGGAGGAGAUGAUAACCCCUAGCACGGAGCGGGACUUGAUGGACUGCGAAGGCCCGCUCCAGUCCAUUCCCGCAGAGUCCACAGACCGGGCCAACUCCUUAGACGAACUGUACAACCAGAAGACCACCGGUCGCAGGCAACCCCACGGCCGCUACGCCAAGUUGCAUGACGGUAAAUGGGUCGCCGGGGAGGGCGAAGACGAUAAGAUGAUCUGUGAGGAGGACAGCAACACCUACAGCGCCUUCACUCUGCCGUGCAGACGCUCACAUUGCCUCUCUGAAGGCUUGCGCGGACCCCAGGUCCCCAUGAGCGGCAGCAUGCAGGGCAGGAGGGCGCAGACCAUCCAGGACGUCACCGCCGGCGAGGGCAGCGAGUACGAGGACAGCGGCAUCGACGGGGUGACCGCCGAGGCCGAGUCCCGCCGCUACAAGACCAUGUCGGCCUCCUUCUCAGUGUGCUCGGCGGCGGGCGGCAGCGUGUUCGCCGGCAGCGACAGCGGUAGCAGUAACGGCGGCGGCGGAAGCGGCGGCGGGACCGCCGAUUGCGCCCAGGGCGUCUACGAGAACUUCCGCCAAGAGCUGGAGAUGAGCUCCUGCCAGACGGAGAGCUUGGAGGAGGUGCUGAGCGACGAGCAGAGCACCAUGAGCUCGCCCUAUCAGUCUGACCCGCUGCUCGGCGCAGGCGCGCAGGGGAUGGUGCGCAAAGCGGGCAGGCUCGCUGUCAAGAACUUCCUGGUGCACAAGAAGAACAAGAAGGUGGAGUCGGCCGCCAGGCGCAAGUGGAAGAGCUACUGGGUGUCCCUCAAAGGCUGCACUCUUUUCUUCUACGAGACCGACGGGCGCUCGGGAAUCGACAACAGCAGCGUCCCCAAGCACGCCAUCUGGGCGGAGAACAGCAUCGUGCAGGCCGUACCCGAGCAUCCCAAAAAAGACUUUGUCUUCUGCCUCAGUAACUCGCUGGGAGAUGCCUUCUUGUUCCAGACGUGCAGCCAGACCGAGUUGGAGAACUGGAUCACGGCCAUCCACUCGGCGUGCGCCACUGCCGUCGCCCGGCAGCACCGGCGCGAGGACACGGUGCGCCUGUUGCGUGCCGAGAUCAAGAAGCUGGAGCAAAAGAUCGACAUGGACGAGAAGAUGAAGAAGAUGGGCGACAUGCAGCUGUCCGCUGUCACCGACGCCAAGAAGAGGAAGACAAUCCUGGAUCAGAUCUUCUUGUGGGAGCAGAACCUCGAGCAGUUCCACAUGGAUCUGUUCCGCUUCCGCUGCUACCUGGCCAGUCUGCAGGGCGGCGAGCUGCCCAACCCCAAGCGCCUGCUGGCCUUCGCCUCGCGCCCCACCAAGCUGGCCAUGGGCCGCCUGGGGAUCUUCUCCGUCUCGUCCUUCCACACGCUGGUGGCGGCUCGGACGGAGAGCGGCGUGAGGCGGCGGGCGCACGCCAUGUCACGCUCGUGCAGCAAGCGCAAAAGCCGCUUCUCGUCCCUCUGGGGUCUGGACACCACCUCCAAGAAGAAGACCAGAGCCCACCCCAGCAUCAACCAGGUCUUUGCGGACGGAGAAGAGCUUGCGAAAAGCACCGCAGAUGGACGAUACGGCGACUCGGCAAAGGAGCCCCAACCAAACGAGGAGGCGACCGGCAAGAGCGUCCCGCGGGCCGGCACGGAGAGUGACAUCUGGCUGCCCGACCACCUCACCCCCUCCUGGGUGUGUUUGCCCAACGACCAGCCGGUGCUGACCAUCGUCCAGCCCGGAGAGUCGGCACUGUGCGUGCUGGAAACCAUAUGCAAGGCCCACCACCUGGAUCCCACCAAGCACUACCUUCGGCUCAAGUUCCUCAUCGACAACCGAGUUCAGUUCUACAUCCCCAAACCGGAGGAGGACGUGUGUGACCUGCUUUACAAAGAAGUUGAACUCUGCUCCAAAAUAACAAAAGUGGUCCAGUUCGACAGAGACGAGUCAUGCAUGAUUGGUUACGGUUUCUCCAUCUCGGUGGUGGAGGAGGACGGAGUGCAGCAGCUUUACAUCACGGACGUGAGGGCGGGCGGACUCGCCUUCGCUAAAGGUCUAAACGCAGGCGACGAAAUCCUGCAGCUGAACGGGAAGGAAGCCCACAGCCUGCACUUCUGCGACAUGAAGGCGGCGUUCUCGCUGUCGUCGCUGGCGUUGACCGUCAGCACGCUGCCUCCCCUGGAGCGCCGCCAGCUCUGCUUCCUGCCGCCGCGGCGCUCGGACGUGGAGGAGGACCUGUACACGGACAUCUUCUCCCAGAGCCAAGAGGAAAUCCUGGACGACAGCGCGGGGCUGCUGCCGGAGAGCUCGGGAGACAGCUUGGACGACGACGACGACUGCGAGAUCUUCGGCCAGACUGACGCCUGCAGAAAGUGGAGUCAUCCCAGGAAGCGCUCGUGCGACUCGCUCUUUGACAUGCUUCAUCUGAAUACAGAGCAAGUGGCCGCCUUCUGCCGCAGCCUCCAUGACACGAAUCCCCCGGAGUGCGCGUCCUCGUCCUCGCCCAGCCCGGACUCGCCCUUCCCGCCCGCGCUCCGGCAGCUCUCGGACGCCGACAAGCUGCGCAAGGUCAUCACCGAGCUGGUGGAGACAGAGCGCACCUACGUCAAAGACCUCAACUGCCUCAUUGGGAGAUAUUUAAGCCCACUGCAGAAAGAGACCUUUCUCACUCAGGAUGAGCUGGAUGUUCUUUUUGGAAAUCUUCCAGAAAUGGUGGAGUUCCAGGUGGAGUUCCUUAAGACUCUGGAGGAUGGAACCCGACUGGUUCCCGAUCUGGACAAGCUGGAGAGAGUAGACCAGUUUAAAAAAAUCCUGUUCUCCCUGGGAGGCUCGUUCCUCUACUACGCCGACCGCUUUAAGAUCUACAGUGCGUUCUGCGCCAGCCACACCAAAGUCCCGAAGGUCCUCGUUAAGGCCAAAAGUGACCCCGACUUCAAGGCCUUCCUGGACGAGCGCAACCCCAAGCAGCAACAUUCGUCCACGCUGGAGUCGUACCUGAUCAAGCCCAUCCAGAGGGUUCUCAAGUACCCUCUGCUGCUCCGGGAGCUCCACUCGCUCACUGACCCGGACAGCGAGGAGCACUACCACCUGGACGUCGCCAUGAAGGCCAUGAACAAAGUGGCCAGCCACAUCAACGAGAUGCAGAAAAUCCACGAGGAGUUUGGCGCCGUGUUCGACCAUCUCAUCACCGAGCAGAGCGGUGACAAGAAGGAGGUUGCUGACUUGUCCAUGGGCGACCUGCUGCUCCACACCAGCGUGACAUGGAUCAAUCCACCUGCUUCCUUAGGAAAGUGGAAGAAAGAGCCCCAGAUGGCCACUUUUGUGUUCAAAACAGCCGUUGUCUUCGUUUGCAAAGAUGGGUCCAAACAGAAAAAGAAAAUGGGUGGUUCCCACCGAGCGUCUAUGUCUUCUGAAGAAAAAGACCCCUUCCGAUAUCGUCACAUGAUUCCGACAGACGCCCUCCAAGUUAGACCGUUGGCUAAUGCAGACGGCGAGGGCACGUCCGUGUGCGAGAUCGUCCACACAAAGUCGGAGUCCGAAGGCCGGCCGGAGAGGGCCUUCCAACUGUGUUGCAGCUCCCCGGAGAGCAGGAAAGACUUCCUAAAAACGGUGCACUCCAUCCUGCGGGAGAAGCACCGGCGGCAGUUGCUGAAGACAGAGAGUCUGCCGCUCAGCCAGCAGUAUGUGCCCUUCGGAGGGAAGCGCCUGUGCGCGCUCAAGGGCGCUCGGCCCGUCAUCAACCGAGCAGCGUCUGCACCAACCAGAGCCUUCGGUCGGAGAAAGCUGGUGCGCAAUCGCUUCACCAUCGACACCGACAUCGUCUUUGACGGCGAGCCCGAGCGAGAUUCCGCUUCCCCUCCGGAGCCCGAGGAUGAGCCGACGGAGCCGGAGGGCGACCGGCUUCUGUCGUCGUCGUCGGACGCCGGCGACACGGACCGCUGGGUGGAAGAACAGUUUGAUCUCAAAGAGUACGAAGACCCCGAGGAGGUGAAGGAGACGGACAUCCUGAGCGACGAGGACGACGGGCUCCGCCUCGACGCCUCCGUGGCCGCGUUGUCCCUGGAGGGCGAGAGUCCCGGGCACGGCGAGGCCUCGGCCACGACGGACAACAACGAGGACCGGGCUAACGUUUGGGUGCGGCGGGAGCAUCCGGAAUGCUCGCCCGACUGAAAGUGCGCUUCGGACGGAUUUUAACGGUCUCCACAGCGAUGCGUGGACCGUUAGACAUGAACCAAUCAUAGUACAAUCAUGGACUCUUUAUCACGUGCUUUGAUGACUGGCAGUGUUUGCACACUAGGGCGGCGCCGUGCAGCCCAGCCUGCUGUUGCCAAAUUACACUCGUCACAAAGAGUUCGGUAUAGUGGGCUUUCGAGUGAAAUUUCAGGUUGAACCUAAAAUGCACUCUAAUCUUUACAGGUGAACUUUUAAACUUUUCAAUGUCCAACUGUUUCAAUACUUUUUACGAAUGUAUGUUCUCCAAGAGGUGAGUGACCAAAUGUAUUCCCAAGGAUGUCCACUUCGAUUCCUUUCUGUGACUCUUCCAGUCUCUUUGUAUCUCUGUGCCAGUCUAAGCUCAGUGGCCACUCCCCCCUGAGAACAUCCUGCACUGUCGAUCAAUUGUUAUGCGCCGUCUUGCUCUCAUGAAUGGAAACCGCACGACGAAGAGGACUUCUUAAAUACCAAUUCUAAUUCGACCAGGAAAUGUAUCGGUCCAUUCAUGGAUCAAACACCCGCGCUGAAUCCCAUCGUUCCGCUCCUCAGAGAACAGCAAGUGGUUCAACAAGUAUUGAAAUGUGCAUCAAAAGUUUCGAAGUCAAAUGAAGUUCACCUCCGAAGGUUGUAGUUCAUUUUAGGUUGAUCCUGAAAUUUCACCCGAAAGCCGGAAUAUCUCUAACUUUGUGUGAGUAGCGUAUGUAUUCGCGUGACUCGGAUAGAAUUUUAUAUUUGUUCUCACAGCAAUGGAAUAAGUAAUAGCAAACGGUGUCGUGUAUCGCAUCGUUCAAUGGACUACUCUAUUUUGUUUAUGUAAGAUAUUUAGUUUUACAGCUUUUCUAGUCUGCUUUGGUUUUCCUGAGUACAUUUUUUGGUAACAAUCUGUGCCCAUUUUAAUUGGUUUUAAGUUAACAUAAUCCUGUUUUACUUGAAUAUUUCUUUUCGUGUUUUUGUUUACUGUGGAACUUCACUCUUUUCCCGCUCUUCGGUAUUUCCUUUCCAAGAAAACUCGCAAAUUUAUUUGCACAUGAGCUCUUUUGGUUUUAAAAAAUGGUCUUCACUGGAUUUCAAAGCAAUGUUUUUUUAUUAUUAUUAUUUAUUGAGUUGUAAAUAUAUUUGUUAGCAAAAGUAAAGGAAGGUCCAAAUUUGCUCAAGCAAUCACAAGAGAGGGAAGAUGUGCAGCUUUUGGUCAAAAUGUGUUGAAAUAAUCGCGCUACCAGGACUGCAUUUUUAUUAUUAUUACUGUGCCUGUAUAUAGAAAAUGUAUUGAUAUCAUAAUAAAAAAAACUGUUGUUUCCUA